UCGCAAAACUUCUCCUGCGCCCAAAUCUCUCCGAGCUUCCGCAUUCACGAACAUUGCUUUGCCCAUUGCCGUUGAUGCCACCGCGCACGCGACUCACUCGCCACAGCACUCCCGAAUCCAAGAUGGCCACCGAAGAUCUUGAGUGGGAGAGAUCCAAAAUCUCCAACCAGGACAUCAACACGCUGAAAAGGCUUGGCCUCAUGAAGAAGGAGGACGCCAUCCGCUUCCCCAGCGAAGAAAGCUACCCCAACCCUCCAAUGGAGUAUCGGGUUAGUUUUGUUGAUCAUCUCAUCCGUGGCCUCUCUACCCCAAUUCAUGAUUUUCUCCGCGGUCUUCUCUUUGUUUAUGGGAUUCAGCUGCACCAACUGACUCCCAAUUCCAUCCUCCACAUUUCUAUUUUUAUCACCCUUUGCGAAUGCUUCCUCGGAGUCCCUCCUAAUUGGGCUCUGUGGAAGCGUAUUUUCUGCCUCCGCCGCAAUGGCUCUCACAACGUCACCUAUAACAUAGGUGGCGUUGUUAUCUGUGUCCGCACUGAUGUCGAUUACUUCGACGUCAAGUUUCCUGACUCUGUCCAAGGAUGGCGCAAGAGAUGGCUCUACAUUCACGAAGAAAGCGCCAACUCCGUUGAACACAACAUAGUUCCUUUCGACGGAAACGCAAAAAUCCAACGCCGCUACUCCUGGGACGCUGAACCUUCCGAAGAAGAGAAGAAGGCGACAGAAGCUCUUAUGUCUCGUAUUCAUCAGCUCCAAAAUACUCGAGGCAAAGAGUUAUCUGGUGUCCAAAUCACUGCCUAUUUUCUUAGGAUUAGAGUGCAGCCUCUGCAGGCUCGCAAAAAUCCCCUUUGGACAUAUUCUGGUGCCAAUGACGCCAAUAGGCUCUCCAAUGAUCUUCCUGUGAAGGACUUGGAGAAGCUUAUUCGAAAAAUUACCUCGCUGAGCAAGAGGGAUCCUAUUCCUUCUUCUUGUCGCGUGGAACCCUACAGUUCCACCAAUCCUCUCCCCGAGAAUCACCCUACUAUGACUUCCCUUCCUCCUCUUCCUGAGGAUGGAGAAGUCGAAGAAAUGGGCAUUAUUACUGACGAUAAUCAAGAAGCUCCAUCCUUUGUGAAUGACCCCGUGGAUUCUCGAAAAUCUGCGGGAUCUUCCGAGGACACGACGUCAGUCCAAUCUCCUCCUCCCGCUGUUUCCCCAAAAAGGAAAAGGAGCAGGAAUGAUAUCGAAGAUUCCGGCACAUCCAAAGCCGAAGAAGUUGCUCCUUCCCAUCCGAAGGCGGCUUAUGAUCCUUAUUUUGCAUCCCUCGUCAGCUCUGAUGACGAGGAAGAAGUACCUCCUCGUGACGUAGCUCCUCGGACGAGCACGUCACAUACUUUAGUUAUUUCGGAGAAGCCCGUUGAAGGAGAAGAAACCUCGCCUCCUCAACGAAACGUCGUCACCACUACUCCACCAUCAAGCCCCCUUGCCCCUUCACCAAAAAGGGCAAGGGUUGAAAAGAUUGUUGAACCUGCCGCGCAAUUGAGCAGUUCGUCGACUCUGCUCUUAGAUGAUCCAAUGAUCAAAGAGCUUCUUCGCAUCGGGUCCCAAUUUAUUGGGUACCGUGAAUAUGCCGCCAGAGCUGAAGAGAAACUUGCAGAGGCCAACGAACGUGCCAACGCACUUGCUAAAAAACUCGAGCAAAGUGAGGCGGCUCGCGAGAAAGUUGAACUUGCUGCUAGUGAAGCCAAGGCCGAGGCUGAUGAAGCCAAGGUGAAAGCUGCUAGUGUUGAAGCGUUGCAGAAAAGUCUCACAGAUGCUGAAUCUGCCUUGAAUGAGCAGAAAACUGCACAAGCUGCACGUGAGCAAGAUAUCAUCAAGCGCUUGAAGUCGCAAAGUCGACGUACGCUAACCCAAACAGACCAAGAUUUUGACUUGGAAAAUCCCGUCAAGGACCCUCUUCUUGACGCACUUUCUCUUCUGGAAUUUCAUGGGCGUGAAAUUCGCGAAGGCGUGGCCAAUGCCAGUGCAAGUUUAUCGGCAUUGUUCCCAUAUUUCUUCCCGAAGAAAGAGGAGCCUGCGACUUUCCUCAGCCUCGCCAAGAUGUUUAAUACCUCGGAGGACCUUGGACUCAAGGUGCGCCAAGAAAAUAUGAAGGUUGCUGUUGAGAGCACUGUCGCGUUGGUUGCUGACAGUGGACAGGCCAUUGACUGGAUGAAAGUUGGCGACACCGAGCAGAUUGAGCAAUCAAGAUGGCGGUCGCUGAUGAAGGCAGCUAAGCCCAACACGAAGAAAAUCCUGGCCUAUCUUGGGAUAAAACCAACGUCGACUCCUAGUUCGUCAAGGCCAGAGGUCUAGUUGCAUGCCUCUGUUUUUCUUUCUGUGUCUUUUGCUCUUGUCGCCAAAGUAGUCUUUUGGCGACAUGCAUUUCCUUAGCUCCACUGUAUUGCCCUUGUAAUUAUUCUCAAGAGA